AUGGCCAGCAUUAUCAAGCUGCACGCGACAGGCAUGCCUGUGAUGGUCGUAUUCUUUGUCACUGGGUUUUAUCAUGUUCAUAACAUGACCAUGGCAAACCAACCAUUGGUUAUUGACCGAUAUGUCAUUAAAAUGAAAGAAGCAAUUCGUCGUCCGCGUAAUUCGAUGUCGGACGGUGAGGCCGGUAGACUUGCGCCAACGGUGCCGGGCAAUGCUUCAGUUACCUCGGCGCUGAGAGGUCUCUCGAUAGCUGGGUGUUUCUCUUACAGGAGGAAGGUACCUGAUGAGCGAGGGUUUGCAUGUCGUAGACGCCUCGUCUGGCGCACUUCGUUCAAAAGUCCCGAAUCAGUUUGGCGCUUUUAUUCAUACGAUACUGCACAGUAG